GGGGGGGUGUUCAUACCUUCAUACCGACCAAAAGCAGCAAAGCAAGACCAGUGUACACCAAGGGCAUAACCGUCAUUUCACCUUCCGUACACUCGCUUCGUUCUUCCUUUUUCAGUACUUAUCUUCUCCAAACUAAAUUACUUUCAUGGACUUUCAAUUUGCUUAAUCACUGUUUACAAUUAGGGUUUUUUCUCCCAAUUACAUUGACUUAUCUGGCUUUCAUUUUGAUGAUCCAACGGCUCUGAUUGUCAUCGGAAGAAGAUAUACGGCGCCGGAGAUCGCUGAUCGUCGGAUUUUUUUGUUUUUUUGCCAUUGAUUUCGUUGAAUCUGAUGUUAUUAGUUAAGGAACCAAGUUCUGUUGUUAGAUAUAUAUUGCCGCGUGGCGUGGUGCCUGUUGGGAAGCUUAAUGCAACAGUGGGAACUCUGAAAUUGUGAAAUACAUUUGGCCAAUUUGGGAAGUUUUGAUUUUGUUGUUGGCAGGUAAAGAACUUACUGGUUUUGGCGUUUCCGCGAUAUUGGUUUGGGUGUCAGUUAUCGUGGAAUAUAGUAGCUUUAGAUGGUCAUGGAUCAACAUUUAAGAGGAAUGUAUGGUUCGGUUAGUGGCUUUAAACUCAACGACAAGAUAUUGUCAGUUUUAUCCGGGCAGAAUCUUGAUAGCGGAUUAAAAAAGGAAAAGACUUUUGUUAAUCAAAACCAUUUAAAUAUUCCCCCUUUGCUGCAUGAUACAACCCCUACUAAUUCAGUCUUGUCUUCAAGUGCGAGCCAAGAGGGAGAUUUGCGUGAGGACUUUGGUUUUAGUCAUGUGGUUCUCAAGUAUGUUAGUGAGAUGCUUAUGGAAGAAGAUGUUGGAGAGAAGACAUGUAUGUUUCAAGAAUCUUCACCAGCUUUAGAAGCUGCCGAGAAGUCGUUGUAUGAGCUUAUUGGGGAGGGGGAGGAGGCUGAGGAAAAGCACGAGGCUGAGGAAAAGCACGAGGUUGAGUAUACUCCAGAUGAGUCAAAAGGAAAGAAGAAUCCAAUCAUUGAUGAUUUAAAUUUAGAGCUCAAAAUGAGUGACAUGCAGUCUGCCGUUUAUACUGAACCAACCGUUAGUCCAGAAGAUUCAGACGAUAUAAUGCUCAAUUGCGGAAGUUACUCUGCUCUUCUUAUUGGAAAGGAAGAGCGGUUACAGGAGGAUAAUGAUGAUAUAGAGUUAGCAAAGGAGGGGAAGGUGGAGGAGGAUAGAGCUGGUAUUUGCGAAGGGGUAAAAGAUAUGGAUAUUGAUAAUGCUACUCACAGCAUUGAGUCUGUUGUAGCGUCCACUAAUCAACUUGAGAAGAAGAUUGAGGAAUUGGAUAAUGGUUUGCGAGUGGAUACACCUAAUUCCCCUGCUGCUGAAACAGUUAUUUCCAGCGCGGAGAAUUUUACAGGUGGAGAUGCUAAUAUGGAGGUUGAAACUGAGGCUAAUGUCAGUACAGGCAAGCGGAAACGUGGCAGACCGGCAAAAACAAAUGCAACACCUCUUCCUCAGAGGAACAAAAAGGAAGAGGAAGAUGUUUGUUUCAUAUGUUUUGAUGGUGGUAGUCUUGUGCUUUGUGAUCGAAGGUGUUGCCCUAAGGCAUAUCAUCCAGCUUGUAUCAAGAGGGAUGAAGCAUUCUUCCGAUCAAGGUCUAAAUGGGAUUGUGGCUGGCAUAUAUGUACCAAAUGUCAGAAGGCUUCACAUUAUAUGUGCUAUACUUGUCCAUACUCGUUAUGCAAACGAUGCACUAAAGAAUCUGAUUAUGUGUGUGUAAGAGGGAAUAAAGGAUUUUGUGGAGUAUGCAUGAAAACAAUAAUGCUGAUUGAAAAUAUUGCACCGGGAAAUACAGAUAUGGUGGAAGUAGAUUUCGAUGACAAAACUAGCUGGGAGUAUCUCUUUAAGUAUUACUGGAUUGACUUAAAAGUUAAGUUUUCGUUAACAGUAGAUGAGCUAACUAAAGCUAAAAGUCCGUGGAAAGGAGACGAGCUAUCUAAACCUAAGAGUUCCACGAGAUGGGUUCGCAGCAGCACCUUUGCUUCCAAUAAGGCGUCGGCAUCUUUGGGCGAGCUUUAUCAUGUUGAUGUUGAGAAAGCCUCCUUUCUAAACCAUGUUGCAAAUGUGGAGGCAAAUCAUAGUAAGAUUAAAGAAAACGACGAUCAAGCAGAGAUCGUCGAGAAGCAGAGUUCUAUAGUAAAGGAAGGUUCUGUUAUUGCCGAAGUCACUCCUUUGGUUGAAGCGACAACAAAGGUAGCAAAGGAAGUUGCUCCUUUGGCUGAAGCGACAACGGAGGCAGCAAAGGUAGUCGCUCCUUUUGAUGAAGCGACUACGGGGGUAGCAAAGGAGCUUUUAGAGAUUGUUGCUCUUAUGAAAAACGGGGAUACAUCUGCUGUAUCCGAGUCUGAUGUCCGACCGCAUAGGGAGAGUGAGAAGCUCGUCGGGCAUGAACAUUAACUCAAGGGUAAAAACAAAUUCUAAAUGGAAAAAAUACAACUAUUUUUUUAGAAGGGGAAGGGGAGGUUCGAAUCCGAAAAGUCGAGGUUUCGAACAAGACAUUUGUAUUGGUUAUAGAGCAUAUAUAUAGGAUGUUUGUGAAUCAUUUCCCCCAUCCCUUAAGUUAAGGGUAACUAUUUUGUAUGAAUAUAAAGAUGAAUGGGAUAUAAGCAAAACCGAUAUCAUUUCUUUUCA